AUGGUCGGAUCCGGUAAGAUCCGAUCGGAUCCAGCAUCGGAUUUGUUGACCUGGGUGAAGUUACAGAAAGAUACAGAUGGUGUCGCUGCAAUCUGUGUACGGUUAUCAAGAGUCAAACGUUCAACUGAUUUAAUUAUUUUGCGGCAUUUCGAUUAUAAAGUCUUACUGAUCAAACCCAGCAAGUCUCAAAUCGUUCAGAUGCAAAGAUUAGAUAAACUCUUCGCCGAAACACCGAUGCAUUUUUCAGAAUGCUUUUAA